AAACACUACCACGACACAUCCGCCUUCCACCGUCUCCCACGACCCAAUCCCAAACACAACUCACAUUCACAAUGGCCAACAUCGAGCAAACAUGGAGCCUGGCCGGCAAGGUCGCCGUUGUCACCGGCUCAGGCCGUGGUAUCGGAAAGGCUAUGGCCAUUGAGCUUGCCAAGCGCGGCGCAAAGGUCGCCGUCAACUACGCCAACGCCGUCGAGGGUGCUGAGCAGGUCGUCAAGGAGAUCAAGGCUCUUGGCAACGGCUCCGACGCAGCGGCCUUCAAGGCCAACGUCGGCAAUGUCGACGAGACGGAGAAGCUCAUGGACGACGUUGUCGCCCACUUUGGCAAGCUCGACAUUUGCUGCUCCAACUCUGGUGUCGUGUCCUUUGGCCACUUCAAGGACGUCACUCCCCAGGAGUUUGACCGCGUCUUCAACAUCAACACCCGUGGCCAGUUCUUCGUUGCCGCCGCCGCCUACAAGCGCAUGGAAGUCGGUGGCCGCAUCAUCCUCAUGGGCUCCAUCACCGGCCAGGCCAAGGGUGUCCCCAAGCACGCCGUCUACUCGGGUUCCAAGGGUGCCAUUGAGACCUUUACCAGGUGCAUGGCCAUUGACGCCGGUGAGAAGAAGAUCACUGUCAACUGCGUUGCUCCCGGUGGCAUCAAGACCGACAUGUACCACGCCGUGUGCCGCGAGUACAUUCCCGGUGGCGACAAGCUCUCCGACGACCAGGUCGACGAGUACGCCUGCACAUGGUCCCCCCACAACCGUGUCGGCCAGCCCAUUGACAUUGCCCGUGUUGUCUGCUUCCUUGCCUCGCAGGACGGCGACUGGGUCAACGGAAAGGUCAUUGGUAUUGACGGUGCUGCCUGCAUGUAAGAAAAUAAGACGCCAGUUGGAAGUUUUUUUGGGUCGUCAUUGUCGCCUCCGACACAAGCAUCCGGUUUAUUGUAGAUGUGUAAUGAUUAGCUCUUGAGCGCUGGCAUGUAUUGGCGUUCUUGUAGAGAAACAAGAAGAAAAAAAAGUAUUUUCA